AUGUUCUCCGACUUCUUUUUCCUCAGCUGGAGGGUUGGCCAGCUUAUCACCCUGAUUCCGCCUAUAGGAAUGCUGGCCUGGUUCGUCGAUGGCUUUGUCAAGGCCAACAUGCUGACUCCGACGUACAUCCUCGUCAUGUUCAUUGUCACCGUCCUGGCCGGCGUGUGGGCACUCGAGACGCUGGUUCGCUUCUCCAGCACCAAGCGAUCGGCGAUAUUCGUCGCCUUUGUCGACCUGUGCUUCUUCGGCGCCUUUGUCGCCGCCGUGUACCUGCUGCGCGGCAUUAUCGACGAGAACUGCAACAACUUCUACCGCAGCCCCUUCUUGGCCACCCUGGGCCCGUUCGGCUUCUGGGGCCAGCGCUCGGGCAACCCGCUCAGCCAGGACCCCAAGAAGGUCUGCUCCAUGCUCAAGGCCACGUUUGCCUUCGGCAUCCUCAACACCAUGUCCUUCUUCUUCACCGCUGUGUUUGCGUACUUCAUGUUCAACCACGAACUGACCCACGGCGGCAAGCGGUCGCGCCGCGGCAGCCAUUCCAGUAGACGCGAGCGCCAUCACCACCGCCAUCGCAGUAGCUCCGCGCGGCGCACCGACUACCACGUCUAA